AUGGCGGAUUCUCGCUGAAAAUGUGAACAGUGUUUCGUUUCUUUAGUAAAAGGGAAUUUAUUAAUUUAAUGUGAGCAGCUCUGGCUCUGAAAUGGCGACGUUAGUUUUGGAUAACGGGGCGUACACGGCGAAGAUCGGGUACAGCCAGGAGAAAGUCAGCGUCAUCCCAAACUGCCAGUUUCGGUCCAAGACGUCCAGGUUAAAAACGUUCACUGCAAACCAGCUGGAUGAGAUCAAAGAUCCUUCAGGUCUCUUCUACAUCCUCCCCUUCCAGAAGGGUUAUCUGGUGAACUGGGAUGUCCAGAGGAAAGUGUGGGACCACCUGUUUGGAAAGGAGAUGUUUAAGGUGGAUUUUGCUGACACAAGCAUCGUCAUCACGGAGCCCUACUUCAACUUCACUUCCAUUCAGGAGUCCAUGAACGAGAUACUGUUCGAGGAGUACCAGUUCCAGUCAGCGCUCAGGAUCAACGCUGGCUCCCUCAGUGCUCAUCACUACUUCCACACAAACCCCUCUGAGGUUUGCUGCAUGGUGGUCGACACCGGAUUCUCCUUCACCCACAUCGCCCCCUAUUGCCGCAGCAGGAAAAUGAAGGAGGGCAUCCGCAGGAUCAAUGUGGGUGGGAAGCUGCUGACCAAUCACCUGAAGGAGAUCAUCUCAUAUCGCCAGCUGCACGUGAUGGAUGAAACUCAUGUAAUCAACCAGGUGAAGGAGGACGUCUGCUAUGUCUCGCAGCAGUUUUACAGUGACAUGGAGAUCGCACAGGCAAAGACCGAGGAGAACACGGUGAUGAGGGAUUAUGUCCUUCCAGACUUCAGUGCUAUCAAAAAAGGCUUCUGCAAGCCUCGAGAGGAGAUGGUCUUCAGCGGGAAGUACAAAACGGGAGAGCAGAUCCUGAGGUUGGCCAACGAGCGCUUCGCCGUCCCGGAGAUGCUCUUCCACCCGUCUGACAUCGGCAUCCAGGAGAUGGGAAUCCCAGAGGCCAUCGUCGACUCGGUGCAGUCCCUGCCUGAAGAGAUGCAGCCGCACUUCUACCGGAACGUCGUGCUGACCGGAGGGAACACGCUGUUUCCUGGCUUCAGAGAGCGUCUGGAGGCGGAGCUGCGGGCGCUCGUCCCCGCCCACCUCCCCGUGUCCGUCGUUCUACCAGCAAAUCCGGCCUGUUACGCGUGGGAAGGCGGGAAGCUGCUGGCUCAUAACCCAGACUAUGAUGAGAUGGUGGUGAUGCGGGAGGACUACGAGGAGAACGGGCACUGCAUCUGCGAGGAGAAGUUCGACAUAUAGACGGGACUGCGGUGUCUUCAGGCGUCUGCACAUCAGCGGGAAUAUCUGACGCCUGCACUGACGGGAAACACUAGAUGCAAAGUCUUUCCUUAUUCCAAUUUCAUUCAUUCAUUUUGUGUGGCAUGUUUCCUGCUGCCAUUAAACAGCAGCAGAACCGUCCUGAAGCCCGCUGUGGGAAACCGGCUCCUUCCAGAGUGAGUCUGGAAGGAGCCGGUUUCACAGGUGGGUGCAGAAAUGUCCCCGUAUUUCAGCUUGGUGGGUAAAAAUGAGGCGUGUUUGUUACACCACUGAAGUGAAUGGAGGCUUUUUAAUGUUUGGUUUUCUUUGUUUGUAUAUUUGACUUUUUUUCAUUUAUUUUAAUACAAAAAUAAAUCUUUUUAUACUUUAUGACUCAGAAAAAAAAAUAAAAUUUUUUUCUUUGUA